UUUGCUUAAAGAUGCUUGAAGAUGUUGUUAGUUGUAUAUGCUUGUCUGGAUGUAUCUUUUUGGGGAAAAAGCUUAAAAGAGGAGAAUAUUUUCCUCCACUGUUUAGACAGAUGCUUUCAGUGUUAACAGGAAAAGUUAAGAUGCUCUGUUCACGACAGCAUAUUUGCACAUGCUCAUGAGCGUUGUCAUUAUCAGUGUAGAGGCAGCAGUGCUCCUUCGCUAUGCCCGGCGACUUUGAUUGAUCAUUGUUUUGAUCAGCUUUGACUUUAUGAUUUAUCAAGCCUCCAAGUGUUCAUUUAUCUACUUAGCACGCUGACGCCCCUUUAUAAUCCUCUCACUCUGUGUAUCUGAUACCGAAUCACACACCAUAAGCUUCCAGACAACUGACUGUGAAAAAACUCAUGCUGACCUACAAAAUUAAAGUUCUGGUUUUGGUGCAUUUUUCAUUUUUCUUCCAGUUCUUAGAGAAGUGUAUCAUUAAGUUCUUUGAGAGAUGAAAAAGAAUAACAGAAGUUUUAGAGGUGCAAAGAGAAAAAACAGGAAGAGGAGAUGGCGUGGUUCUGCAACCUCCAGUCGUCAUUCACAGAUCCUGCAGGCCCACAGUCAGACUGGGCAGCACCAGGGUAUACCUGUACAGCUGGUCAGUGAACAGGACAUAAGGAGCUGCAGGAGCCUCUGCUACGGAGCUUAUAUUGGCAAUGAGAGUCGGACCCUUGAGUUCAAACAAGGCGAAGGAGCUUAUCUGCAGGAGUUCUUCUACAGGCACGUCUGCGUGUACGGCUGUGCGUUCCUGAACUGCGUUGGCGGCUGCCUGCUGGUGGGCGUGCAUGACAGCGGAGUGGUGCAUGGUGUGAAGCUGAGCCAUGAAAUGGAGGAUGAGGUGCGGCUACACAUGGACGACGCCAUUAAGACCUUCCAGCCUGCACUCUUACCCUGCAACUACACCCUGGACUUCCUUCCUGUUAUCAAACAUGGACAGCAGAGAAGAUGGCUCAAGGUGGUGCGCCUCACCUUCACGCCGCCUCCAGCCGUCGAACCCAUCCUGUUCCAGUCUGGCUCGGGCGAAGUGUUCAUAAAGAGGGAUGGAAGCGUGCAGGGUCCCCUGAGCGUUUCCAGCAUUAUUGAGUGGAACAAACUGAUGUGGGGCAGUAAGGUGAAGCAGCUGGAGCAGUGUGUGUACCAAGCCAGAUGUGAAGCUGGGUGCUUCAGCUGGUUCACCGAUCCACAGCAUCAUAUUGUAGCUUCACUGCCUACCAAGGCUAGAAGGACCAACAGUGUGGAGAUGAGACUGAGAUCAAGUCUGAAGCUGACAGCUGGCGCUCUCCAGCCAGAUUCCAGACCAGGUCCUUCAAUCAGCUGCCUCAACAUAAACAGAAGGCACUCCACAUAGAUAGAUUACGCCUUCUGAGAUGUACACAGCAGAAUAAAGAGUCAUUUUUUAAAUAAUCCUCUACUUAUAGUCUCAUU